CUACUACUACAGGUCGGUGCGGCUCAAACACCUUGCAGUCGGUUCAAAGCCAUUGAGAAAAAGGGGGUCUCUCUCGGAUAUGGUGGAGUAGGCUACAUCGGGGCGGACUGGAAACCACCUGGUUUGGAAUAACCCGAUGGAAAUUGGAGGACGGGGGCCUUGCAAAGUCCGUCUCGAGGAGGUUUUCAUGGAGCGUUGAGAUUAUUAUUAUGUGGUGGCUUGCCUUAAUGAUGUUUACAUCUCCGGCUUUCCCAUUCAUCGUUUUUGUGUGCAUGGGGUUAUCCGAGGCGGUGCAUUCCUACGAUGCGCUGCCUUUAGUAAUAAGGAAAUCUCGUAUAAUCGCCGAAGAGCAUUAUAAUACGAGCGAGAACGGGUUUCCAGGGUACCGGCUCGGUAUUGUCGCAUUAACACCAGCGCCCACGAUCGCAUCGGCUAGAAAACAGAUAAAUGUCGCAGCACCAGCAGCCACCAUUAAAUCACCAACAACGGAGCCCACCACCCCUUCCCUGUCUAAUCCCAGCUACAUGGCCGCAUUUGCUCGGAGGAAGCUCAGCUCUGUUGAAACACAGAUGAAAGAAUCGCAGAUGUCUGAUAAUGAAGCGGACAGAUCGGGCGUCGUGCCCGACUUUAGCACAACCUCUGACAAUUCUCAAGAGCUGGUGUGUACCUGCAGUGGUGAAGGAGUGGCGGACCCUGACGAGUGUGACCAUGAGACGGGUCAGUGUGACUGUAUGCCGGGUUACACCGGGCUGCAGUGUGAAGAGUGUGAGGAAGAUCACUUCACCAACGGCACCAUCGGCUGCCUGCCCUGCGCAUGUGACUCCUUCGGUGCUGACGGCUCCAGCUGUGACAGCUCAGGGCUGUGUAAGUGUAAGACAGGUGUAUACGGGCCCAAGUGUGACGACUGCCAUCCUGGAUUCUUUCACUUCAGCAGCACAGGAUGCCAACCGUGCCAAUGCAACAACCACUCCACCUACUGCCACCCUCAGUCAGGUAUUUGUUUGGACUGUCAGGACAACACUCAGGGCCACAACUGUGAGGAGUGUCUGCCCAACUUCUACCGGCGUCAUGGUGAGGGGUCCUCGGACACCUGUCUGCCUUGUCCCUGUUCCUCCGAGAGCUCCAGCGGCAGCUGCCAUCUCGAUUCCAGUGGACGACCUGUAUGUGACCAAUGUAAGGCUGGCUUCUCCGGCCCGACAUGCAACGUGUGCACGGAUGGUUUAUUUAAAUCCGCAGGCGUGUGUGUGCCCUGCGACUGUAAUGGGAACGCCGACCCUCGCUCCAUGCCACAAAUCUGCCACCCUGAGACUGGCCACUGCCACCGCUGCAUCAACCACACAGCGGGAGCACACUGUGAGAUCUGCACUCGUGGGUACACGGGGGACGCCCGCUACCACAACUGCACCCUGAGAGCUGUGAGAAUCCUCCCGACUCAAGACAUCAAGACCUCCACUGCAGAAAUCCCCAAAUCCACACGUUCUAUUGCUUCUACACCUGCUUCCCGCCUUCUCACUUUCUCCUUCUCCCCUACCACCCACCCAAGCCUACCGACCCUUCAGUCCGGCACGGGAGACUCCUCAGGACGCAACAGCACGGCCUCUGCCCUGACAGUAGUGUCCUGGACGCAGUUUAACAUCAUCAUCCUGGCCGUCAUCAUCGUGGUGGUCGUUCUCCUCAUGGGCUUCGUCGGAGGCGUGUUUACGUAUCGUGAGUACCGCAAUCGGAAACUCAAUGCCCCGUUUUGGACCAUUGAGCUGAAGGAAGACAACAUCAGCUUCAGCAGCUACCACGACAGCAUCCCGCACGCCGACCCCAAUGGACUAUUGGAGGAGGAGCCAUGUGUGGUCGCGGCCAACGGGCAGUUAGCGCUCGCCAGUGCCGCCAACAUGUACAAAGCGUGAAGUCAUCGAUACUAUUCAUACAAUGGCGGCACUUUGGAUUUCUUUGGAAUGCAGUCUCGCUUCGAUUUCCUCUUUACACGAUUCCUGUCACGGAUUGGUAUCAAACUGAACAUGCAACAUAACAGUCAUACCUGUACCACUAGCACCUGUUUCAGCCUUAUUGUAUUUAUGCGCGAGUGGGUGGAUGUGUAUGUGCAUGCAUGGGAGAGUGAGAGAGAGAGCUGGUGUUGUGUGUGGGAACAGUUUCAGAUCUAACUGUGUAGAGCUGGAUUCUACGCAGGAAUGUACAAAAAGACUGGAUUGAUUCUGCUGCAUAUUUUCACGAAAACUGAUCAAACGUUUGACACAAUAUUGUAGAAAUGAAAGCCAUGUAAGCGUAAUAUGACCCAGGAGGAGCGUGUUUAGAGGGCUUUGUGAAGUGGAAAGACUGUUUUUGGGAACCUAUAAGGUACGACGAUGGACACGCUUCGUUUUUUUCCUCCAUUUAUCUGCAAGGACCCUUUUAAAUGUGAUUCAGCAUCAUUUUGAUGAUUUGGACAAACAACCGGUGUUUGAAAUAUUGUGUGUUGUUUGUUUGUUUUUUUAAUUCAAAUUUGUCUUGUUAAUUCCUAUUUAUUUAUCAUUUGUAUUUGUCUCUGUGGUCUUGUUUUAUUGAUGUUUUUCCAUCUUCAUGCUGCAUUGUACAGUGUACCAUACCGAAUGCAAACUCUGUAGACCGAGUUGUGAGCACAACCUCAAAAUAUGUUUUGGAAGUCUUAUUUUCUCUUCUUAUUUUCUUUCUAAUUUAUUUAGUCAGGUUGUGCAUUAAUAAUUCACAGUAUACAAUGGGAUGUUAGUGGAAAAUACUGUAUUUUCUCAUUCCUGAGUUCCUGAGUGGUCAAAUGAUUGAAAUUAAAGGAUUAUUCUUCAUUGA